CUUCGGUUGGAUUUCUGGAUGUCAGUUGAUGAGUGACCUCCUGACAAUCCGUGAGAAAGGCAUCCUCAUCAGUCUGCUUGAACCUCAGUAUAAGCUGAUCAUAUCUACAGUGGCACAGAUACUACAGGCCAAAAGUACCCCGGGUGAGAGUCCAAGCUGGAGUCGUUUAGACUGCGGUGUGGUGUGUCUCAUUGAGGAUCUAUCCAUGCAUUCCUAUUUCCUCCACCUAUACUGUGUCAAGCGUGCCAAGUUACUGUGGGAGCAGGAGGUGUACAUUCCAUUCAAGUACACUGUAGCACGUACUUUCUUCCACACUUUCCCUGCAGAUGACUACCAGGUAGGCAUCAACUUUGCAAAUGAGGCUGAAGCAGAGGAGUUUCAUCAAGCAGUGGAGGCUGCCUGUGGAAAGAUGACCAGCAUGGUUGAAAAGACAACAGCAGGGAGUUCAACACAUGAACUGGCUGCUGAUGAUUUGGGACUUGAAUCACUGGACAAUUUGAAUGUGGAGAAAGAUCUCUCCAUGGACACAUCUUCCACCGGAUCUCCUCCAGCUUCAAGCUGUUUUAAGGAUCUGGAUCCUGCUAUGAGGAGGCUCUUGAUGCAGGCGAAACUCACUGAAGAAGACCUGAAAGGCAAAGACAUUGCUGAAGCUGUUGACUGCAUCAUCAACAAGUUUGGAGGGCUGAAGGCUGUGCAGAGAGAAUUGAGGAACAGAGGCUCAAUCUCUCAGACACUGCCAAGAUCUGCAGGGGCAUCCAUCUCUCUUGCUCUGAAGAAGGGGCCUCUGCCACCGGUCCCUUCCAUCAAAGAGAACAAUACUUUCCAACAAACGCCAAAGUGCACAAACUCACUAGAUGAGAGUCAGACCGACCCUCUGAUUCCUUCCCCUCCACCUCCUCCUGCUCCAGUUUCUACAGAAAGGAUCAGAAAAAGUGCAAGUUUCAAAGAUGUUGGCUCCCGAAAAGCAACAGAGAGAGGCGACUUAUUCCUGGCUGCACUGAGAGAAGCGUUCAAAGAAAAACGGAUCCAUCAACAAAGCACAAGUGAAGAUGGAAGUCCUACUACUGCUAGUCCUAAUACUAACUAAGAGCAGACUUUUUAAAGACAUGCUGGAAAUCAGCUUGCACUGUAAAUGAACGUUAAAGAUGCUUUU